AUGGCGGCGAAGAAGGUGCUCAUGCUCUGCGGCGACUACAUGGAGGACUACGAGGUCAUGGUCCCGUUCCAAGCGCUGCAAGCGUAUGGGGUGUCCGUGGACGCCGUCUGCCCUAGCAAGAAGGCCGGCAACAUCUGCCGCACCGCCGUCCAUCAGGGGAUCGGCCACCAGACAUACUCCGAGACAAAAGGUCAUAAUUUCACACUAAAUGCUUCAUUUGAUGAGAUUACUGCUAGUGAAUAUGAUGGAUUGGUAAUUCCUGGAGGACGUGCACCAGAAUAUCUUGCAAUGGAUAGAAAGGUGCUUAACCUAGUCAGAAAUUUCUCUGAUGCUAAGAAGCCUAUUGCAUCAGUUUGUCAUGGACAGUUGAUUUUAGCGGCAGCAAGAGUAGUUGAGAACCGUACCUGCACAGCGUAUCCAGCUGUUAAACCAGUUUUGGUUGCUGCUGGUGCUAAGUGGGAAGAACCUGACACAAUGGCAAAAUGCACUGUUGAUGGCAAUCUCAUCACUGCAGCAACUUAUGAUUCUCAUCCUGAAUUCAUCAGCCUAUUUGUCAAAGCACUUGGAGGUUCAGUGGCAGGCUCAGACAAGAAAAUACUGUUCCUCUGUGGGGACUACAUGGAGGAUUAUGAGGUUAUGGUCCCAUUCCAGUCUCUUCAAGCUCUUGGCUGCCAUGUCGAUGCUGUUUGCCCUGACAAGGGAGCUGGGGAGAAGUGCCCGACAGCCAUUCAUGAUUUCGAAGGGAUCAGACUUACAGCCUUCGCGGAUAACGGAAAGCCAAUUGCAUCGAUCUGCCAUGGCCAACAGAUAUUGUCAGCUGCUGGAGUCCUUAAGGGGAAGAAAUGCACUGCAUACCCGGCCGUGAAGCUCAACGUUGUACUUGGGGGCGGAACCUGGCUGGAGCCUGACCCGAUCCACUGCUGCUUCACGGACGGCAACCUUGUGACUGGCGCAGCCUGGCCCGGGCACCCAGAGUUCGUGUCCCAGCUCAUGGCGUUGCUCGGCAUCAAGGUCUCCUUCUGA